CGGGGCUAGAAGUAGAAGCAGCUGCAAGAUCGGCGGAGGAGAGAGGCUGGAGGCAGACAGUGAAAGCCGAUCGUCUAGAAGUGGAAAAUGCCAUCCUAUGUUGGUUUAACCAUAAUAUGAAGACAUCCUUCUCUGGUUGGACUUGUUCUCAUUGCUAAUGGCAUCGGAAUCCUUGGUUCCUGCACACGCCAAGGCACCACCAGUUAAGGGAAGGAGGCAGUUCCAUCACAACAAGGUGGUGUCCAGUGACAGUGAAGGUGAUGGAUCUUUUAUCUUUGAAGCUGAAGAGGCAUGGAAGGAUUUCCACAACUCACUUCUCAAUUUUUAUGAAGUGGGGGAGUUGUGUGAUGUCACACUUAAGGUUGGUUCGAAGCUGAUUCCAUGCCACAAACUUGUGCUUGCCUGUGUGAUACCGUAUUUCCGUGCCAUGUUCCUAUCUGAUAUGGCAGAGGCCAAACAGACCCUUAUAGAGAUUCGUGACUUUGAUGGUGAUGCCAUAGAGGACCUGGUAAAGUUUGCUUAUUCAUCCCGAGUCACCUUGACGGUGGACAAUGUCCAGCCUCUCCUGUAUGCUGCCUGUAUCCUCCAAGUAGAGUUGGUUGCCAAGGCUUGUUGUGAAUAUAUGAAGUUGCAUUUCCACCCCUCCAAUUGCCUUGCUGUGAGGGCCUUUGCCGAGAGCCAUAAUCGUGUGGAUCUCAUGGACAUGGCAGACCUCUAUGCCUGCGACCAUUUCACGGAAGUGGUGGAGUGUGAGGACUUUGUUAGCAUGUCACCCCAGCACCUUUACAAAUUGCUGUCCUCUGGAGACCUCAACAUUGAGACCGAAAGGCAAGUUUACAACGCAGCUAUCAAGUGGCUUCAUGCCAACCCUCAGCACCAUGAUGCGUGGCUGGAUGAAAUACUUUCUCAGGUGCGUCUCCCUUUGUUACCCAUUGAAUUCUUGAUGACAGUUGUUGCCAAAGAAAACAUAAUCAAACAGAACUUAAAAUGUAGAGACUUGCUUGAUGAGGCCAGAAAUUAUCACCUCCACCUAACCAGUCAAGCUGUUCCAGAAUUUCAGUAUACCAUUCGGACAACGCCUAGGAAACAAACUGCUGGUGUUCUGUUUUGUGUGGGAGGACGUGGAGGAUCUGGAGACCCCUUUCGCAGUAUUGAAUGCUACUCUAUAAGCAGAAACACAUGGUUUUUUGGCCCUGAAAUGAACAGCCGGAGAAGACACGUGGGUGUUAUCUCUGUUGGAGGUAAAGUCUAUGCUGUUGGAGGACAUGAUGGGAAUGAACAUUUAGCUAGCAUGGAGGUCUUUGAUCCACUCUCUAAUAAGUGGGUGAUCAAAGCAUCAAUGAACACAAAAAGGAGGGGAAUUGCACUGUCUUCUCUGGGCGGCCCUAUUUAUGCAAUUGGAGGUUUGGAUGACAACACCUGCUUCAGCGAUGUGGAGAGAUACGAUGUGGAAUGUGACCACUGGAGUUCAGUGGCUCCAAUGAACACUCCUCGAGGUGGAGUUGGGUCAGUUGCUCUUGUGAACCAUGUAUAUGCUGUUGGGGGGAACGAUGGAGUCGCUUCUUUGUCAAGUGUGGAGAGGUACGACCCACAUCUAGAUAAAUGGGUUGAUGUCAAGGAAAUGGGUCAGCGGAGAGCCGGAAAUGGAGUGAGUGAGCUCCAUGGCUGCUUAUAUGUAGUAGGUGGAUUUGAUGACAAUUCUCCACUGAGUUCUGUCGAACGCUAUGAUCCCCGCACAAACAAAUGGGAAUAUGUGGCAGAGCUCACGACCCCAAGGGGUGGAGUUGGCAUAGCAACAUUAAUGGGGAGAAUAUAUGCAGUUGGUGGACACAACGGCAAUUCAUAUCUGAACACUGUCGAAUCAUAUGACCCCAUUAUGAACAGAUGGGAGCUCGUGGGAUCGGUGGCUCAUUGCAGAGCUGGAGCAGGUGUUGCUGUCUGUGCCUGCCUGUGUAGUCAGAUUAGAGAUGUCGGACAGGGAUCCAGCAAUGUGGUAGACUGUAUGUGAACAGCAUCCAGAAACGGAAAUCAUCAGCUGGUCCUAUUCUCAGAGAUCAUCAGCUUCUCUAAGGCUACAUGUUAAAACUAACAUGGUCUAAAAUCCAUUUCAUGUGUAUGGUGGUCUGCCCCAAGGAUGACACUGUAGAUUAAUUUAAUAGUUUAAUAUAUUGUAAUAAUGGUGCCAUAAUGAGGUAAUUUAUUCUUGAAAUGUUUUCAUCUUUACCAUACCAUACUCUGUAAAUAAGUUGCAGUUGUUCAGCAGACAAAGGCAUUACUAACACUAUUUUUGUGACCUCAUGUGUAAUGUACAACUAGAAAUGACACUGCUUUCAUUAUAUCCUUUCACUUUGGUUUAAAGCAAGCAGUGGCCUUCUGCUAGCUUUUCUAUUGCAAUGUCCCAGGAAAGUUAAAUCCCAGUAAUGAGAAAUUCAGUGCAGACCUGCACCAGUGUAAUGGGAAGGAAAACGAAAAUAGUAGAGACAAGCUGUUUUAAUCACCAAAAAGGGCUGUUCCCACGGUCCUACAGAGAGUUUAGUAGAAUAGGUUGCUGAUAGCUCUAUUGAAAGUAAUGGACUAGGAGACUGGAAUUGACUUAAUAUAAAAUGCUCUUUUAGUACGAUAUAUAAAUAAAACACAUAAUAUUAAGUCUGUACAAGUGCUAGUGCAUCAAAGACACCUGAAGUUUCAGGCCUUUUCUUAAAGGUGAACUCUACACAAUACAAGCACUAGCCUGGCUAGGAACGGUGGCUGGUUUUGGCAAUUAUAAUAGCUACCUGAUGCAAAAAAAAAACAAAAACGAAAC